UCCUCUAUAGUUUGUACAAAAGCGCAAGAACAGAAAAAGGUUUAUAAUACCUGCGUUUGGAAAAGAGAAACAGCACAGAGGAAAAUCAAACACAUGCCAUUUCUCUAAAUAGGCUAUCAAUAUAUAAGAAACUGAGCGAUGGCUCCGUCACUUUCGCAGGCCUACAGGAGGCGCUGGUGGAUGGCUAUCACAGCAGUCAUCGAGAAUCUGCUUUUUUCAGCUGUGUUGCUGGGGUGGGGCUCCCUACUUAUCAUGCUGAAGAGCGAGGGCUUCUACUCACACCUGUGUACAGAGAAUGUCACAGAGAGUCACACAAAUGUAAGCUUGACCGAAAGGACGUAUUGGCCGAGCUGUAUUGAGCAGGAGGAGAUUCUGAAUCUGGGCUUUACGAUUGGCUCGUUCAUCAUCAGCGCGGCCACCCUGCCUCUAGGAGUCCUGAUGGACAAAUUUGGGCCUCGCCCACUCAGACUGCUUGGCAGUUCCUGUUUUGCAUUCUCUAUGGCUUUGAUUGCCAUCGCAGCAUAUGAUCCAACAGUGUUAUCAGCUCUCAUAUUUAUUGCUGUCUCAAUGAAUGGGUUUGGAGGAAUCUGUUUAACCUUCACUUCACUAACAUUGCCGAAUAUGUUUAGAAAUGUGCGCUCAACGAUUCUCUCUCUUAUGAUUGGCUCUUAUGCUUCCUCUGCUGUAACCUUCCCAGGAGUUAAGCUGAUCUAUGAUCUAGGUGUGUCAUUUUGUAUGAUUUUCUGGGUGUGGGCGGGCCUUGCCUGCCUCGUCUUCCUCAACUGCUUUCUUAAUUGGCCGGGAGAAUCAUUUCCUGCCCCUGAGGACGUCAGAUACACUAAAAUGGUAAAGUUGAGAGGUGAAGUAGUGGACCAUAAGAUGACUGGAGAUCGCUCCAACAGUCAUGUGAUUGUUGAAGAACAGGAAGUGACCAAAAAACAAUCUUCCAACGAUGAAGCGCACAACGAUGGAACAGCGCAACAGAGCCAAGCAGGAUCUCCUUCCUUUAGACAAUCCAUGUGCUCGCCAAUCUUCCUGUGGAGUCUCAUCAUCAUGCCCAUGACCCAGCUUCGUAUCAUAUUUUUCAUGGGCGCCAUGAAUAAGAUGUUGGAGUUCCUGGUUACCCAUGGUAACCCUGACCCCCCUGAGGAGUUGGUGAAGGAGGCAGAGGAGAAAGUGGGUCUAUACUCAUCCAUCUUCGGGACUCUUCAGCUGCUCUGUCUGGUCAGCUGCCCUCUCAUCGGCUACAUCAUGGAUUGGAGAAUGAAGGAGUGUGAGGACGUGGUGAAUCCAGCAGAGGGAGAAAAAAGUUUGUCUGGGCCUCCCAAGAGGGAUCGAAAGAUUCAGAAAAUCACCAACGCCAUUAAAGCUUUCAUCUUUACCAACCUGCUGCUGAUCAUCUUUGGUAUCAUCUCUCUUAUAGACAACCUACCCGUACAGGUGGUGUCUUUUAUUCUGCACACUGCAGUUAGAGGUUUUAUUCACUCAUGCUGUGGUGGUCUCUAUGCUGCUGUCUACCCAACCAAUCACUUUGGCACUCUGACGGGCCUGCAGUCCAUGAUCAGUGCUGUGUUCGCCCUGCUUCAACAACCACUCUUCAUUCUUAUGUUGGGACCAUUAAAGGGUGAUCCUUACUGGAUCAACUUGGGCCUGCUUCUGUUUUCUUUGGUUGGAUUCACGCUGCCAGGAUAUCUCAUCUAUCAUCGAAGACAGCUCGUGAGGGAGAAGGCAGCACGCGGAAGUCUGUCAGCACAGGAGAGCAUCAGUCUCAACCAAUCAAAUGAUUCCUCGAAAUAUCAAACUAACGGAAAUGUCUGAGGUGGAAAAGUGAUUAUAGAAAUGAAUGUGAAUUACAAUGGAAAGUCUAUCAAGUCUAAGACGUCUGACUCUGCAUUAAGAUAGCAGACGUGAAGUGGGUUAACAUCUCAGUGUUUGGUGCAACAUUGAGCAUUUUGUUGGUUUACCAACAACAAAAAGUCUUCGCCUUUAAAGUCAUGUUCACCAUCAUCAAAACAACAUUUACAGUAUUUUUUUGGAACUACCAAAAGAGCCAUAUUAUGCUAUCUGCCUGGCUAACAGUGAUUUACUCGUCUAGUGUGUUUAGUUUGUCUCUGGCUCCUAUGGACAAAAGUAUUGGACAACCCCUUCUAAUUAACAUGGUUAUCUAUUCCAGUAAUUCCAAUCAAACAAAUAUUAAUGUUCCCGUACAAUACCGUUAAGAAUUUUGGAAGGGCAUGUGUAAAAGUGUUUGGAUCAAAGUCUGCAAGUCAUACCAAAUGUGUUCAGCUGGGAUCAGGGGCCUCAUUUAUAAAAUGUGCGUAUGCACAGAUUUGAUCGUAAAGUGUGCAUACGCAAAAAUACACGGCAACGUUAAUAUUUAUAAAAAUGGUCUUUGAUGUGGAAAAGUGCUUAGCCACGUCAGGGUCUGAGCAGACGUACUCACUUUUGCUUGUCCGAGUGCUGCAGGUUUUUGGAAAUAUAAGUCAUUCUUUCAGCUCGUAAAGGAUUUGGACGUUGACAGGUGCUCUUUUAUAUAUCAAUGACAUUAGACAUUAUUAAACUGCGGAGAUCUGAAACUGUUCAGCUCUGAAACAGCUGAGUGCAAUUUCACUAUCAUUUGCGAUUUAUAGAUUUCACAUCUGAUAAAGAGGCGUACGUUCGAUCGUACGUUCGUACGCACUGUGAGAAAUGAACGUAAAAUCAAAUUUAGGACGGUUUCUACGCAACAUUCUAUAAAUGAGGCCCCAGGUCUGGGCUUUAUGCAGACCAGUCAAGUUAGACCAGUCACUAGACUGAAUCAAUCCUUUCUUUCUGAACCUUGCUUUUCGCACAGAUGCAUUGUCAUGGUGAAAUAGUAAAGGACCUUGCCCAAACUCUAGCUAUAACAUUAGAAGCACACAAUUCUCUCUAAUAUAAUUAUAUGCUGUAGCAUUAAGAUCUGUGCUCACGAAAAUGACUAAAGUAGUCAAAUCUGUUCAUUGGAAUACUUCUUUCUAUAGUGUAUUAAGAGGGAGGGGUUCAAUAUCUUCAAAAUUCAGAAGCACCUCUUGUCCCAUUACUUUUCUAAAAAGUCAACAUUAAACCAAAAUGGGCCCUUUUUACUUUCCUCAUACAGUACGCGCUCAUGGUCUAACUGAUCGUGAAGUGACAUCAUUUAAAAAAACAUGUUUGUCUUCAUAACAAAAAUUCUUUCCUUGUUUAUCAAUAGCCAUCUUUUAGGGAUUGUAGUCUGAUGUUAAAUCAAUGGAAUACUGUUUAAUGUUGACUAUUACUGCUGUUGACUACUGUUAUAUAUAUAGGUGCUGGUCAUAUAAUUAGA